CGAAAUAAUAUGGUCGUAACUCCGAUAGAUUUAAAAUGUUAUUUGUAACUAUGGCUGUUGUAUUGGCUAUACAAUAUUCUUUGGAAGAAACUGUACCACGGACCGCGUAUGAAAAAGAUUUUAUGUUAGGACAGUUCUUGAAUGAUACUUUCUUUCCAAAGUUAAAGAACUACCACAUCAACGCCACACAAGUACCGGAGGACAAGUACAAGUUUGUGGCGAAGGUGGUUCACUCCACGAGGCACAAGUACCCAGUUAUAUGCACCGCGGCGUGCGUCCACGAACGUAUAUUCUUGACGGCCGCCAGAUGUGUCUACAAUGCUAUACCGCAGUACACGCGAGUUUUCUACCUCGGCGAGAAAAUCGGCGUUGGUGCCUUCAUCCUACCAACCUUUCAGACGAAACAACAGUAUGACGACGUUGCCUUCGUCGUGGUCGACUACGGGUUCUCUCAGACGUACCAAGUGGCUUAUUUCUACUCCUCGUACAUGCAGAGAGAGGAUGACAGAUUCGACUGGCUGGACAAAUAUCGAGAAGGAGUCUACGAUUACUAUGACCAUGUUGUUAUUGGAUAUGCUACUAGCUGGGAAGAUGUGAAAGACGGCGAGAGAAUGAACAAUACGAAUUACAAUCUAACCGAAUUAGACAUACAUAUUGGCACAAGGUUCUGUACCGAAAUCCUACCUUCGGAGGCGUUACCCAAAACCCUCAGCACAUUCCACGUCCCCUGCUACCACGCCUGCUCCAUCCACGAGUUUAAAAUGUUCCAUGAGGACUGUACGAAAUACCAUGGAGUGGAAGGAGGAAUUGUGUAUAAUGCUUACAAGGGAAGAAUUGUAGGGAUCGCCACGUGGGGUCCGUACUAUGAUUUCAACAGUGGCAUUUAUGACAGUCGCUCGUUACCCGUGGGGUACGCCGUACCCAGCGGCAAACCCUUUGAAGAGGCCUUCAAAUGCGCCAGAGGGGUUAAGCAAGAGAACAGAGAUAGAUACCCCGGUACACUUCAAAUGGCUUGUGAUCUUGGGGCUUAAAUGAAGUUGGAUGCAAACGUUUUUUUUUUUUAUAUUAAUAAAGCUGAUAUAAAUGUGACUUGUAACUUUAGUGUUGUACACUUCCGGCAGCCCUUGCAAUCCUUUAGGCCUAGUGCUUCUUCUAAGGAUCAGAUUACAUUACAAGUUGUGGAAGCGAUGCUAAGCAUA